CAUGCACAUUUAUUCUGCAGAAACAGGACCUCAGUGUGGGAGUCAUUGGGGAGUUGUUAACUUUUGCAGCCAGCCUCAAGAAGAAGCUCAGGGAUCUGCAGUUUUAACUAUUAACGCUGAAUAUGAAGAUCUAUCUUAAUUUUCAUGCAGAUGAAACAUCUAGUUUGAGCAGUUCUGAAUUCAGGCUGGAUUUUCCUGCUUCUCUUCGUCCGUGUUUUCCUUCCUCUCCUCCUCUUCCUCUCUCAGGAAUUGCUUGAGAGGUCAGAGAUAGAUCUAAGCAGCUGACCUCUCUCUGCCCUGACCUCGGCAUCAUUGUCAGCAGAUCUGAAACACACACACGCACACUCACACUCAUGCACCCACACAAAUACACUCUCUCUACUCUCUGCACCUCACAGGAGGAGUAAUGUGGGAGGCUCAAAUGCUUGUUCUCUCGUAUGAAUACAGGUAGGAUCUACAUUAUUUGGACAUUUCUCUCUUUAAAAUUCCACAUCCAUCCUAAACACGAUGCAGACAGUGAAACUGUUGUUUUGAUAUUAAGUAUUAAAAACAUUUUUCAUGUUUGAGCCUUCCUACUUCAAGCUGCUGCAUCUAACUGAAUGUUUUAAAUCCCACUAACUUUGAUCUCAAACACAAUUUAAAAACAAUGUAAAGCAAUAAAUUAAAUCUCCAUUAUAAUUAUGCCUUCUUUUUAUUACUAAAUACAGUAUUACUUACUUACCAGAUGAUAUCCACACAGAGUCUUGCACAGUGUUCACUCAGUUGUCGCCCUUUUUGUUGCAAUUCUGUGAUACUGGUCUGUCAGCUUUUGUGAUGCAGUGUUGCUGAUAUCAGUCUGUCUGGCUGUGUAGAGUUGAGAAUUUCUCAGCUCUACACAGUGACCUGGAUGAAUGAGAAUCUACAUGGACGUGCAUUUGUUUGGUUAUUUUCCAUCGUAGUGACAGCAAGAGCAAGGAGAUGCAACCAUUGCUGAGCUGCAAAAUAAAAUAGCACAGAAUUUCAAAAACAAACAAACUACCAAAAAACAUGUGGAUUAUAAUUGCAGCAGUAUUAAGCUGUAACAUGAGUUUUCUUGCUAUAUUUCAGUGUUUUUGAUUGUUACUUAACAUAAAUGUGUCCUUAUUGCAUCUUAACACUUCAAGCUCAGAAUAUUAGCAUGAACUUAAAGGACUAAAACCAGACAUUAUUGAAUUGAAUUGAAUUAGAUUUAUUUAUUUAAAACAGGGACAAUGCACAAAAAACAUUAAUAUUGUAUGACAAGAAGAGAUGUUCUGAGCCAGAUUAUGGCAACAAUUGCUAAUUUCCACCUGUAGUCCUUAGGCAGGUAAAGUGAAAGCACAUCCACCCAUCCAUUUUCUAACGCUUAUUCCCAUUCCCGGGGUCGUGAGGGGGCUGAAGCCUAUCCCAGCCUCUUUGGGCGAAGGCAAGGGACACCCUGGACAAGUUGCCAGUUCAUCGCAGGGCUGACAUAUAGAGACGGACAACCAUCCACACACACAUUCACACCUACGGGCAAUUUGAAAAUGGCCAAUAAACCUAACCCCACUUCUGCAUGUUUUUAGGAUGUGGGAGGAAACCGGAGUACCUGAAGUAAAACCCCGCAGACACAGGGAGAACAUGCAAACUCCACAGAGAAACACCUUGACAUACAAAUUGAAAUAUGAGAUAAAAAUGACAUGAUGCCCAUAAUAUUAAAAAAAAAAAAAAACAGAAUCCACUAGUUAAAGCAGGGAACAAGACCGCCAAAUCAUGAAGUGCACAAUAGGGAUCAGCAACACAUACUCUCUCUUACUCCCAUCAUAGAUUCAAACAAGCAUAUACACAGAUAACAGUCCAACUAUCCUUAACCUCCUUUUAACAUCUUUAAGUCAAAAAAAGACGAUAUGAUUUGUGGAAACAGAAACGAUAUUAAAAGGAUAUUCAGUUGUGCAUGUAUGUGUUUGCACAAACACUUCAUACCCCCCACCCCAGUCAGAAAAGUCUCGACACACCCCUGCAGGUGUCCUCAACAGAUUAUUUAUUAUAAUAUUUAAUAUUAUUAUAAUAAUAUUUUAUUUUAAGCUUCAUGUGUAGCUCUUUCUAAAAUCUCGUCUCCCACCUCCUCUCUCGGUUAACACAGAUUAAAUAAAAAAGUGUGUCAUCUUCAGCUCAUUAAUGCUGUUCAUGAAUGUUGUAUAAGAACAAAUUACUACAGUCCUUGUCUUCCAUGGCCGAUCCACAUAUGCAAAGCUAAUCAGUGAACUUACUGGGAACAUUGGGUGAUCAAAUUGCCCCUGAUAGAUGUCCUGUUAUCAGUGUGACACAUGGCACCCACUGCAUAUCCCUGCAUGGUUUACUCCUCAGUCUGUCAUCGUGAUGGAGAAAUCUUGGACAGGCAAUCAGAGGAAGCAUGAUAUAAAUAUUCUUAUCUUUGUAAUGUAUUCAUUGGAAAAUAUGAUGGCUCAGUGUUUGUGUCAUUCAGCUCAGUCCCAGUGGACUCUGUCUGUCUGUCUCACUUACAUAACUGUGUCCCCCUGCGCUGCAUUAUCUGUCCAUUUAUGAUUAGAUCUCUCCCUCACACACACACACACACACACACACACACACACACACACACACACAUACACACACGCGAUAACACACAUCCCGUAGCUGUUAGGAGCACUUGCUGCCAUCCUCUUGAUCUUUAUCACAGCAUCAUAAAUAAUGCCUUUAAUAAACUCUGUCAUCAAAAGCUGUAAAUACAGUCAAUAAUUAAUCUCUCAGAAUGAAAACGUCCAUCCAAGACUCUUUACUGGAUCUAUCUGUGUCAUUGAAGGAACCUUAACUCUACUUUUAGUGCUUCAUCUUUAAGCUAUAUUUGCUUUUUUAACCUCUUUUUAAUCUGAUUUUUGUCUUCAACCCAACCAGAACUCAUUUUCCUCAAGCUCAAGUCAUUUUCCAAAGGCCCGUGGGUCAUAAUGUAUUUAUGACAUGCAGUUAAAGAUAAUUGGCAGCCGCUGUGAUUGGAGAUCAGCAUUAUUCAGCUGAAGAGGUGAGCUUAAGAAAGGUUAGAGGAGCGUUACUUCUUCUGAGUGCAGCCAUGGAGGUGAGAAAAGCGGCUUUGUCGGCUCUCCUUCUGCUGGUGGCAUUGGGAUCAUGUGGUGCCAAAGGUAAGAAACAGAAAGACACCUUUAAGUUUGGUUUAAUUGGACACUUACUGGAGGUUUCUUUUAAAGUUACACUGAAACUUGGACCUCAACAUCUUUUAAUCUUAUCAUGCCAGCUGCUCUUGAAGCCCCUUCAGCUCAGGUCUUUAGUUAAAGCUUAAUUUUGAAGUAGAGCCAUUGUCCUCCCUUUUCUUUGAACUGUUUUACUUCAACUUUUGAGAUGACAUGCCAUAAGUUCUGCCAGUGAUACAAGCUGGUAUACCGUCUUUGUUCUUCAAAAGUGAAGACUCUUUGCUCUGUCUCUUUACAAUCAAAUUGUAAUGAAAUUCAAAUAAUUUUUGACAGAAACACAAACAUUAUGUCAUUUUUCGCACGUUAUUUUAUGUUAAGCUUAUUUUGAAAAGGCACAAAAAUCCACUUCAUAACAGGUUUCAAUCAGGACAGUUAAUUCAUUUUAUGCAAUGGUCAUUUUUAACUGUAUGGCUUUGUUAUGAAUUCUCCCUGCCCUUGCUAAAGCCAUAGGCGGGGGGAAUUUACCCCCCGAGUUCAGUCAGAAUCACUUUUGAGAGUCAAUAAUUUGCGUCUAAUAAGUUGUAUUAUGCAUGCAUGAAAAGCCAAGGCAGGGAGAGAAGCAGCAAAGAUGGUAAAAUCAGACACAGUAUGAAAAGGGGGAGCUGGAGUGGAGACUGGCUGCAGAGGGAACAGGAAGGUUAGGUGGAUUUUUAACCUUUGGCCCAUAAGAGGCUGAACCAAAGACCUGCAUUGAACCUGCAGCUUGAUGUGAUUUUUGCAGCCUUUUCAUCUAAAUCACAUGCACAUUUGUUUCAGAAAGUAAACCCUUUCUUAACUUUGCCUAACACUCAAAUCAGCCCAGUACAGAGAGCUGAAAGUGUUGGGUUGAUGUUUGCUUCCUGCCUUUUUUACCCUGAAGUCAGACCUCUUCAAUUUUCUGUGUUAUGUGUUCAAACAUCAUCACUCACAGCUUCCCCUCUCCCUCGCUUUCUUCUGUUUUUGCCCUCAUUUCAGACUCAUCUUUCCUCUUUAAUAAUUCCAUCUUUCCUUUUCAACCUUAGCCAUAAUUGUUGUUCACUUUUCUUUCAUUUCGCUCCCAAACUUUUCAAACCGGCACUCUCAGUUCUUGCAAAGUUAUCACAGUUAUGCAACUGUCUGCUGUCAGUAUUAACAGCUUGAUAGGGGACUCAAACUACCUGUUACGGCACAGAGAGGCCAUCUGCAGCAGAUUACAGAGCAUGUGAAUGAGGUGUGGCAGCUACAAACAAACAUUCACUCACAAAAAUACACAUUUGAGUCCCACAGGACCUUCUGCAUAUGUCAAGAUCUGAGGGAUGCACAGAUGAUAUAUUUCUCUUUUAGACGUUUCUUCAAAGAAAAGAAGAACAUACUCUGGGAUACAUGAAGCACUUACAGCAUGAGUUGUGCUUUAAUCUGCAAAGUCUACAUAUUCUAUUCAAGUAUUAUUUUAUUGAUUUGACAAAACAACAGGCCAAAAAAACAAAAAAACUCUGCCUUUAUUUCAUUAUUCCUCCAGCAAAACCACUCUGAUUUAGGGAUGAAACAAAUAUUAUAUGACAGAUUAAUUGAUUCAAACUUUUAUUGAAGUCCGUACUGGACAACAUAUGGUGUUUCAUGCACUGUGUACAGAAAAAGGCAAUAAAACAACUAAUAGACUUGAGUUCUGAACAGUCAUGCCUAAUAACCUCUAUUUGCCAGCAGUAAAAGAAUAGCAGUAACACAACAGAUAGAAUCUAAAUGAUCAAAGUUUUGAUUUAACUCAUGCAAUCAUGCAAUGAGGGAUGGUGUGUCUGUGCCAACCUGCUGCAAAGAGAUGGAGAAACCCACAUUAAUAAACCUUUACCAGUGUUUCUAAACAUGUUGGACUGUGGAGCUGUCUGAACAUUUCACUUUAUGGGCUCUAUUUUCGUGCCCGCUGGCGGCAUGGUGGAGGGUGGCAAACCCCGCGCAGUGGUAUUUUCAUCUGGCAGAGCCCGGUGCACAGCCAGUUUGGUAUUUUCAUAGACUGAGGCGCACCAAGGUCCGCCAAGCUGGGCGUGGUGGCGUGGCAGGGGGAGGUGUCGACAGAAUCAGCUGGCGCAGUGACAUUUUCGUGCUCACCGGUGGCGUAUAAAGUGGUCAGCUUUCAGCGCAGGCGGAGCGCAGCUGGUCUAGUGGUAUUUUGGUAGACUGGCGGCAUAUCGGCAUACGUCACCGAUGCCUCAUCGGCAGGUUUCCACAGUGUCAGGCACAUUUCAAUGCAAUAAAUAAUCAUCAACAACUAAUAAUCUGAGUCAGCACAUACAUUUAGAUCUAUAUAGAUAUAUUCUGAUCUAUAACUGAUCUGAUGAGCGCGUUUGGCACACGUUUGGACACACAACCUGACCAAAUCAACACAGCUGAAACCGCAUCAAAUUAAAUUAAAUAUCUAGUUAAUAGACACACAUGAUGAAGUUAACAAGAUAUGUAACUCGUCUCCCUCCUUUUCUUUCUUCUUCCUUCUCUUAUUUCUCAAGCAGCUCGACCUGGACAUGUCUCUGUGUCCUCUCUCCGUCCCGCUGCAGCUGCUGCGGCGGUUGCUGAACAGAUGAUUUAUUGCAGUAAUCAGAUGAGAUAUUUACUUUAAGCCUGCAUACGGAUAUUAUAAUAUUCAGUCUUGUGAGCCAAAUUUAUUUUAUAGGCCAACAUCUAUGAAAGAAAGAGCCAGGCCACGGAGCGCGAUGCGUCAUUUAUGCACAGAUGGUUCCGGUUUUAAUGCCAUUAUUGUAAUUUAUGUUGUGAUCUGUGCGCACAACCCACCUUUGUCACGUGAGGUUUAAAUAUAUGCAACUUUAUGUGAUUGUCUUUAUUUGUGGAAAAGGGUGUUUGUCUUACUAGUGGGUCCAACAUUACACACACCAAAUCCCUCUGUGCUCAUAUGAGAGAGUGUGGAGGACGCCCUCUGCAGCGCUUACAGUGACACUUGUUGAGGGGCUGCCUUCUGUCGCCAUCGUGUGGCAUUGCUGUCUUCAGACAUCUCUUGAUCUCUUUGACUACUUCACAAAAUUUGUAAUACGCCUCGCCGGUGGCGGAUUUAAAGGUGAGGAGAGGAGCUGAUGUGACUGGCGCCUGCACCAUGCCACCAGCGAGGUGCAAAAAUAUAGCCCUAUGUCUUGAUUUUAUUGUGAUUUCUGUGUUAAUUUAAAGCCAGCACAAGAAGACUGUCUCUCAAUGUGGUGAAAAUUGUCCUUGAAGGUCAUAAAUUUGCCUCUAAGCACCGUGCAGACACAUUCACACAUGCAUAUUACUUCACAGCUGAUUCUUAGAUCUCCUCCUACCAGUACAGGAGUCUCCUCUUUACAGUCUUUUAUGAACAAAAGUUUUCCCCUAUUCUUCGAAAAAUUUGCAGAGAAACAUUUUCCUGCUGCUUUUAUUGAGCAAACUUGACAUUGUGGCAGACGCUCAGAUCAGACUUUUUGUUUGAGGCCCCACUAUGAGUAAAGGUAUGUGUGCAUGUGCACACACAAGUUAUAACAUUUACCCUCUCUGUCUUCACCAACUACUUCAAGAACUCUCACUAAGUGCCAUACAGACAUUAUAUUCCUGUGUAUAAUUUUAGUCAGAUGAUAUUUGUGUGCAUUGGCCAAUCUAAUAAACCUGGACAAUCCUUUUUAAGUAGUAAAUAAACAAAAUAAGAUAAUCCUCUAGUAUUACAUCAGUAAGAAAAUUGUUGCAGCAGUAAUAGCAAAAUUAAAUUAGGGAAAAAUCCACAGUGUACUUGCUUACUAAAAUACUCUUAAAUAUGUAUCAUGAGGUUUAAUUAAGUUUUAAUAUCAUAAAAUAUGCAUUACUGCAGCUCUUGUCUUAUUUGUGUGUUUGUAAAUAGUUGAGGAGGAGAACCCGGAGUUCUGGAGGUCCCAGGCCAGAAAGACUCUGCAGUCAGCACUGGACCGGAAACUAAACACCAAUGUGGCCAAGAACAUCCUGUUCUUCCUCGGAGAUGGUAGGUUUCACAGCCAGUUAAAUUCUCACUUUUAUAACUCUGCUGUCUCUGCUGUCUGUAAAGGUAAAAGCCACGACUUGUCUGACCUGGUUUAGUACAAUUUAAAUCCUUCAACCUCGUUUGCUGAUUGUGUGUGUUUGUGUGUGUGUGUGUGUGUGUGUGUGUGUGUGUGUGUGUGUGUGUGUGUGUGUGUGUGUGUGUGUGUGUGUGUGUGUGUGUGUGUGUGUGUGUGUGUGUGUGUGUUGUGUACAUCAGGUAUGGGAAUCACAACCUACACAGCGGCUCGUAUCCUGAAGGGACAGCUGCAGAACCAGACAGGAGAGGAGACGGUGAUGACCAUGGACACCUUCCCUCACGUGGGACUGGCAAAGGUAACACAUGCACACUUUUAGGAAUGAAAUGGGCAGAUACAUAGAAACCUUUACACGUGCACCUCGGUAUUAAACCUUGAAAGUGGGCCUGCAUCGAAAUACAGAUUCUGAAGUGAAAAAUGACUUUUUGGCUGAUGCCAGUGCUGAUUUUUUUUCUUAAAGGCAAAGUGAGAAGUUUCUUAAGAGGCUGAGAAACAGACUUAAACUGAUUCUGGUUCCUCUUUAUGACCCUAAAGGAAAUAAGACCAACAGCAAAAAGGCAGAUCUUUUAAGCUAAGUUGUUUUUAAUGCUCAAAAUUCCUGUGAGGGGGGUGGGUAUCAGAACAGAUGAUUGACAGCAAGCUGAAACUGACCUGUUUUUAUGUUUUCCAUGGUUCAAGACUUAGCUAAAGUGAGUAAUACAUUUCGUUGCUAAAAGACAGCAAGAAAAAAAAACAACUUUUACAUGUAUAGGAAAAGGUACAAAAGGUGUCCACAGGGGGCGCCAGAAUCACCACUAACAAAAAGUUCUUCACAGCAGCUUUAGGUCAAAUAUUGUUACUCAUGUUCAUUGUGUUGUUAUUAAUCCUAGGAUAGAGGCUUAAAUAGAUUUAACCUUCUUUCACAUAAAAAUGUUUCUUUUUCUUUCCCUUAAAGCUUUGUAAACUGUCUCACAAAUGAAACCCAAGCAUAAUCUUGCACAAACUGUCAGAGGGCCAGUUUAAAAAAUCAGCUAAACAUGCACAGAUGUAAUGUAACAGACAUAGGAGAAAGCUAAAUUAUAGGUAGACACCCAUCAAAAAGGCAGCUAUACAUCUGGAUUCCUAGUACAAAUCUUAUUUUAUAUCCAGAAGAAAGACCCUUCAGCUCUUUUACCCACAAGCCCCCAGUCGGAGUUAUUGUCAAGUGAAAUUAUCUCUAUGCGUACAGAGUUUUCCCUUCAUUUAUCACCAUUAAAGCAGAUGUGAUGGAUAGUAUGUUACUCUUCUUAUGUUAUAUGACAUAAAUAAUUGAUUAUAGGUGUUGCAGUGAAACAGGUACUCUCCUGCCUUAAUAGACUGUUAUGCACGACAUGCAAUAAAGCAACUUAGAAAUAAAGUUUUACAUUUUCAGUAAGAGGUCUACCAACUAUUUUACAAAGAUACACACACUGUACAGACAGUCGUUUAAGACACAGCUAUGCCACUGAAGAUGAUUCACAGGGCACAUUAGAAUAACCCUUACCAAAAGACAACCCCAAAAAUGAAACAAAGAGGAGGUAACCGUUUAUUUUAUGGCUCUAUUUUCUGUACAAGUUUGAAAGUUUGUUAAGUUUUUCCAUUUUAUAACUCUUGUUUGCCUUUGCAAGGUUAAUUUCCAACAAAGGAGUCGUUGCAGCUUCUUGCUUUUUGAACAUCAAGAUCACUUCCAACUGAUCACUGUGUUUGUUUGUAAAUGUCUGUGUGUUGCGCAGACCUACAGUGUGGACUUUCAGAUCGCAGACAGCGCAGCCACAGCUACGGCAUAUCUGUGUGGAGUGAAAACCAAUCUGAACACUAUCGGGGUGAACGCUGCUGCUCGCAACGGGAUCUGCAAAACUCAGAAAGGCAACGAGGUGACAUCCAUCCUAAAGUGGGCCAAAGACGCAGGUACGGCUCCCAACAGUACCAAACACAAACAGAGCGCAUCAAGGAAAGUGCAGGAGUUUAAAACCACACUAAAUUAUUAGGGGUUGUUUUUUUCACAAAAGAGACUUUUUCGUAAUUGUUUGAAAACUGGGGUAAAAAUAAAGCUGUGUGUCUUCAGUCUGAGGUAAAAUUGAAGCAACAAAUGGGAUUUGGUGACUCUCUGUCAGACAGCAGGCUGAUACCUCACUCUGUACUGCCGUGUCACACUUCAGUUCUGGCUCUAGACAAAAGAAAAUCCCUCAGGUCUCAUACAGCCUCUGCAAAACCAUGAUUUUACAGCUGAGUGCUCUGCUGUGAGCCGCAGUGUCCCUUCUGAGUGAUAUUACAGCAGCCACCACCGGGGAGCUGAGGGCAUCAGCAGCCCGGGGCUGCAGGUUUCACUGCAGGAUAAUGUGCUGCUCAGGGAGAACCUCCAUGCUUAUCAUGUUCCUGUGUUAUCAACAGCCAUAAAUAUAUAAUAACACCAUCACAACUUGUGACCCUGACCCAGCAUAGCACUUUGGAGACUUAAAUAAGUUUUUUUUUUAUAUGGAUGUGUUACAUAAUUCAAGUUUGUCUUAGUUUUUGUUGUCAUAAACACGCUUCAUUGAUGAUCUAAUAGGGAAAAUGUCCUACUAAAAAGAUUUUACAACCAACCUUUGUGUUGCUUGAUAGGAAUGUUGCAUAAGAAAGUUGUUUUUCAAAUCUACAUUGCAACACAUCGCAGCUGUCACAAGGUUAGCUGCAAAAUGAGAAAGAAGAAAGAAAGAAAGAAAUGAAAAUUCAGACCUUUUUUUUUUUUUUUACUUCUGGAAAUAGCUCCCUGAGCACAGAGCAUGAAUGUAUGAACCCUUGUUUUAUCCUGCUGUUAAGGAGGCUGUGAGGAGCAAGGUUUGACAUCAAGGUGGUUAAAAGGACAGUGAGUUUGUGUAAUAUCCUGUUCUGUAAUAAAAUCACCAUGUACGACAUCUUUUAAGAGCAAAUUAAUCAUAUAUACUGAACAUGUUCUUGUUAUUUGAUCCUCCUCACAAGAUGCAGAAGAAUAGAUGUCUUUAAAUCAAAACAAUCAUGUUUACUAUGUGAUUUUGUUGGAUGGCUGAUCAAGUGAAUUCAUUCAUUCACUAGAUGAGCCUAAAAAGUGUGCAUACAUAUUGAAGCCUGCAGGAGAACGCAUGUUGGAUACCACUACUGUAUUGGAAGAAAACAAAACAAAACAUGCAUUCAUGGGUGCAGAACCAAACUGUGUUCAAAGACAAUGGUUUCUAGAGGGAUUUUUCACAUAUGCAGUGACUUCCUUUGCAGAGUUAAGUCUUAUUCUUAAGUGGUGCCUGAAAAUCCCAGAUGUGCACAAAGAUUUCUCCCGAUUCUUUGAACAGAACCUAAAAUAUGUAUAACUGUGAUAUUGCUGAACUAUUUGCUCACGCAGUCUCUCACAGAAUAUUGAACUUGUCACCAUCUUUACCUCUGAGAGACUCACUCAGCUUCCCCAGAUUUCCUUCUAUACCCAGCCAUAUUACUAACUUGCUUACUGUUCUUUAGGUGUUUUUGGUGUUACACCACUAUUUCAGUGUUGUCUUGUCCCUGUCUCAACCUUUUAGAAAUAUAUAUCACCAACAUUAAAUUUAAAGGUUUUCUCAAUAAACAUUGUACACAGAGCCCUAAUGUCUCUAGAGUUGUGCUUCUAUGUAUAUGGUUACCAACACAACGAAUCAAUCUUUCAGGCAAGUCUGUUGGCAUCGUAACAAGCACAAGAGUGCAACACGCCACCCCUGCAACCAGCUACGCCCACAGCGCCAGCAGGAAGUGGUACAGUGAUGCCGACGUGCCUGCAGGUGCCAAGAAAGAUGGCUGCACUGACAUCUCCUCCCAGCUCCUCAAAAACGUUGAUAUUGAUGUAAGAUCCUUCAGAUCAUCUCCAUGUCAACAACUCUAAGCAAUUGUUGGGUUUAAUGUUUUGUGUGUGUGUGUGUUUCAAGGUGAUCAUUGGCGGUGGCAGAAAGUACAUGACCCCUCAGUACACCAAGGAUCCAGAGUACCCCACAGAUUUCUCUGCCAGGGGAAAAAGAAAAGACAAACGCAAUCUCAUUGAAGAGUGGAAGAGCAUGAAACGUGGAAAGGUAAUUCUGCUGUUCAGCCAGAGGAAAAGACUCAAAAGAACCGCAGCUUUGGGGAGAAAUUUUGGUCAAAAGGGAUGCACCAGUUAUAGAUGAAAUGCACCAAUGAGUGAGAGUCCAGCUCAUUUAUUAUAUUUGAGAAAUCUGGUGCCUCCUGCUCACAGAAUAAUUACAGAGCAAAAAUGAAAAGCGCCUUCAGCAGAAGGUGGCUGAUUGUGUGUCAUUUAAUGUGCCGCUGCAUGUGCAGAUACUUAAGCAGCAUGUGGUGGCUUAUUGUCCACCCCAGGGAGCCAGCGACAUAUACUAGCCAUGAGAUUUCUUUCUAAUGACGAGUAUCAAGCAGUUAAUCCACAAUGAGGUAUGAGGCAAAUUCAGAAAAAAAAAACUUUAGGUCUAAAUAACAUUUAUUUUUAAUAACUGCACAGGAGGUUAUUUUUUUUUUAAAAUAAAAAAACGAAUUUAAGGUUAUAAGUUAUAAGUGCAUUAUUAGAAACAGACUUGUUUUGUAAGGGUCCAAUUCCCAGUGUCAGCAUUCAGAAAGAGCUGUUAGUGGACACAGGCUCUUAAAGACUUCAAUUUUCAACUGUGUGGUUCAGACAAUACCAGCAUCACACCGAUAAGUUAUUUAUUUCAACUGUUUUUAUUCGCUGAAAGCAAAAAAUCCAACAUCAGGCGAGAAACUCUGAAUGCUGUCAGAAAACAGCAGAAACUGAGUCAUACAGUAAGGAAAAGCUCAUCCUGUGACUCACAACAAACAUAAACACUGUGACCUUCUUCCUCCCACUCACUGAGUUUUUUUAUGUCCUUGGUGUCACACAGGUAGCUCACUAUGUGUGGAAUAAAAGUGAUUUUGAUGCUGUCAACCCAGAGAAUACAGACUACCUCAUGGGUGAGUUUUUCUGUCUCUAACUUCCUUUUAUUUAUUUCUUAUUCAUCUACAUAUCUUUUUUUUUAUUUAUACAUAUAUUUAUCUAUUUAUCAAUCAAUUAGUUAAUCUAUUUAUUUAUCUACAUUUAAACUAAUCAAUAAAUGUAUUCAUCUAUUAUUUAUUUAUGUAUUUAUUAGCUACUUUUAUCCCUUCAUUCAUCUUUUAUUUAUUUAUUAAUUUAUUUAUUUACUGUACUUAUUUAUUUAUCCAUUUAUUUAUUUAUUCACUUGAAAAUUGUUCAAUUAAUUAAUUCUUCUACUAAUUUAUUUAUUAAUCCAUUUACUAAUUUAUUCACUUUUUGAUCAUUAAUCUACUCAUAAACUUAUUAUCUAUUUCUUUAUCUUCUCAUUUAGUGAUAUACUUCAUCAUUUAUUGACCUGCUUAUUAAUUUAUUUAGUUAGUCUAAUAAUCUACUUAUUCAUGUAAUAGUUAAUUUGUUUCUCUGCUUGUAAAUUAAUUGAUUAAUUUAUUCUUCUUAUUUAUUUACAUCUAUAUAUUAACUAAUUCUUAAAUAAAUAAGUAAUUUAAUUAUUCAUUUCUUUAUUGAUCUACUUAUUUUUUAUCUACCUUUUUUAUUUUUUCUUUAUAAUUUAUUAAGUAAUCUUUUAUUCAUUUCUGAACCAAUUUUGUUGACUCAUUUAGGUAUUUACUUAUUAAUUUAUUUAUCUACACUUUUAUUUUAUUUAUUAUUAUUAUUUUUAUGACGUGCUUCCUUCAUCGGUGGUGUCCUUGGUUAGGCUUACUCAUUUCUGUGUAUGAGUGGGGUCAGUCCUCCAAACACACUCAAACUGCUGCUCUUGACCUACAUCUCAAAAUACACAAACAUCUAAGGAGCUGAGUUUUCCUUUAUAAGUUUGGUCAACCCACAGCUCAGAGUAACAGAACAAACUUUGUGAGGAUUUAAAGUGACAGUAACAAGAGUGUUUAUUGGUGAGAAAGGAUCCUGUGCAUGCUGCUGUCCAUUUACAUUUCUGUUACUAUGCGUUAUGUCACAUUUUGCAUUAAUCUGAUUGGUUGUAGUCAUAGACAUACAUAUGUAGAUACCACUCUGGCUGUUUUUCCUUGAAUUUGAUCAAGUCACUAAACUGCAUCUAUUUCACUGUUUGGUGAAAAUCGUGAUGGUCAGGGUGAAAUACUCUGUCACGAAGCCAAUCACUGCUCAGUGGCAACAACCAAUGGCUGUAGAGAAUUUAAAGACCUGGAUAAAGAAAAUUACUUGUAAUUUGUAACACCUGUUGUUUCCACACUUCCUACUUUGGCAAAUAUUGAUUCAGCUUUAAUUAAGCUAAAGUCCAAUAAUUGCUCUCCUUUUAGCUUCAUUCUGCUCUCUGAUAAAUAAAUUGAUCAAAUGUUGAAUGUUAUCUCUCCUCCUUUGUAAGAAAUGUGUUUAAUGCACAGCACUGUAAUGGGAGUAGAUUUUUUUGUGAUGUGUGUUGGGUAAAAGUAAAGGCAGAGUUUGUUUUCUUUGGAGCUCAUUUGCUGCUGCAGAGACUUGAAUUUCACCCUCACAGAAUGGUUUAAGCAGAAAAUAGCAUUAGCAGUAGGAGGAGGACGAUUGGACUUCCCUCUCUGCUGCACCUCUACUGUAGGCGGAUAACAAAAACCUACUCUUACAUAAAAAAACAUGGUCUUUGCAUCCUUUUGACACAUGUUUCUCUUUCUCCAGCUCUCUUUGAACCUGGUGAUCUGCGCUUCGAGGAGGAGAGGGAUCCAAAAAUGGACCCGUCCAUCGUUGAGACAACAGAGAAAGCCAUCCGCAUCCUCCAGAAAAACCCAAAAGGCUUCUUCCUAUUAGUGGAAGGUGAGAGCAUCAGCUUCGCCUACCUUCCCCACACUUUCCUCUCACUUCGUCUGUCAAAGGUUGGGUAAUGAAAUCCCCUGAGAGAUGACCGUUCUUCUAAAAAUAGAACAGACACCCAUGACACGGUCUGGGUGAUCAAUUCAAUCAUCGAUCCUGUUGUGACAAGCCCCAGUGACAAUUAAAUGAACCCGCCAGAUCGGUUGAUGUUUGCUUAAAAAACAAACGUUUGCAUGUCCAUAACACCUAUUCUGUGACUUGUAUUGAGUUUUUUUUCCUGGUUUCAGCCUCAGAGACAUCCACCAGCAUACAUCACAUUACAGAACAGAGUGUACCUGCAGUGGAUCCAGUUAUUUGACAGUGAUUCUGCAUACAGCUCAAUGAGUUUGCCGCAGUGUGUGUUAGCAGAGUGUGUGCCUGCUGAUGUGUUUCUGUUCCACUCGGCUGCCUCGCCGGCCUCCUCAUCCAUCUCUCCUUUAAUCUGAGGCAGCUGCCGGGGGACACCACCGUGCUGCUGUCUUCACAUGACUUUAAAAUAAAACGAAUAUGUAUAAAUAGAAGCCAGCAUAUGGUGCACACAAUCACUGACAGCCCACAACUUAUUAACCCAAGUCUGCCUCACUCUUCAACAAAAGCUGGUUAGAGCUGAAAAGUUAAAGAAAAGAAGCUCUCUGCUGGAGCAGGUGGUCCAUCUGUGCUGGAGAAAUCACAUCACAUCGACCAAGAAGGCAGCUUUAAUCAAGCUGAGGGAGUUUGAUGAGUUUGACCCUGUCUCAUCUGUUUACAUGGAGGAGGCAGGUUUGAUAACCUGCAGCCUAUCAGUAGGGGGAGCUCCAAAUGUUUUGGCUUGACUUAGGGAGUUGUCGUUCGGUUUGUUUUUUAUACUUGUACUCUCCUCUCACUAACCACUCUCUCUCUCUAUUUCUCUGGUCAGGUGGCCGCAUUGACCAAGCUCACCACGCCGGCCGAGGGUACAUGGCACUCCAUGAGACGGUUGCUUUUGACAACGCCAUCGCCAAGGGCCUGGAACUCACCAAAGAGCAUGAAACUCUGACUGUAGUGAUGGCCGACCACUCCCAUCCUUUUACCCUCAAUGGAUUCCCAUUCAGAGGGCAGAGCAUUCUGGGUAAUUACUACCUAACUAUGAUUAAAGAAUUAAAGUGAUUUGCUCCUGCUGUGAGACUUCUUUCAAGGACAAAUCCUCCUCUCUCUGUCCCUAUUCAAGGUGUUUUUGUCUGAUAGAAAUUGACACGCAAGGAGAUUUUUUCUUUUGCUCCUUCUGUGUGUGUUCAUGCAUGCAUGCGUGCGUGCAUGCGUGUGUGUGUGUCAUGCCUGCCCUCUCUUCCCCUUCUGUGUCCCUCUCCCAGCAGCUUGACAUCUCCCUGCUUUCUCUCCUCUGCAAUUACAGCCCGGGUAAACACAUAUAACUGGCAGCCUUUCUCCCCCUUGUCUUUCUAUUUCAGUCCCCCGCUCUCUCCUCUCGUCUCCCCUCCCACUGCCUAUCUCUGACCAUCAACACUGACACCUAUCUGUCCCCCUCUCUUUCAUUAGUCCUCCUCACUCUGUCAGUCUCUCCCACCUGUUAAUCUCCCUUUUGGAUUGUCCCUUAACAGACCUGACUUACUCUUACCUUUGUUCCUUCGACUCUCUGUUUCGUCUUAAUCACCGUUACCUGGAGGCUGAAAACCUGCGAUGAACCAGCCUCAGUCAUAGGGGGACAGAGAGUCCUACCAAGGGUUAAACUUAUUCAUUGCUUCAUCUUGUGGUAUCCAAGGAGUCAUGUUGAAAAGACCUGCUAUUACUGAAACAAUGGUGCUGUGGAGAGCAUUGGGAAGAGCUGCUGUUUGAUUUGAGCACCAAAAGACAUAUUGACCUUACUGGAUUACCGUAGUGUUUCAUGUACGGCAUACAAAAAAAAAAAACAGCAAUGAAGAAGAUGAUUGCACAAUGAGGAUCAGACUGAGAACAAACAGAGGGGUGAGGGUGCAAUCAUGGAGCUGCACAGUCAGUACAUUUACAUGAAGUUACAAUAUCAAACUUGUUGGUCUCACCAAAGCAGUGAUUUUAAAACACAUGUAAACACUAAAUCCCACUUCUCAAAAUCCGACAAAUAAUCUGUAUUGACUUGAAUAUAAGACACUCAAAAAGUGGGAAUACUCUCCAGGUUUAGUAACUAACAGAGUCAACCUUGUAGUGUACAACAUAAUAUUUGAGUUUACAGUUUCAUCUCUUAAAAGAAUAAUUAAAUGUGAAUAAACAGAUAAUGAUGAUAACAAUAAUGGUAAAAUAAAUGGUACAACUCUCUGAUUUACAGUAAAAUCCACUCGCUUUUUGAGGCCUGUAGAAUAAACUUUGUAGUUCUGUGAUGUCCAGUUACUCAAGGUUAGGGUUGGACUAGUUCCCACGGACAAAAUCAGAGUAUGUUCUGACACUGCUUAGAAAAGUUAUGUGGGUCUGGAGCUGACGUUGAUCACAGGUAGGCUUAAACUGACACUGCUGUGAAAGGGAAUAAAUGGUGAUCCUUUUGAUUCUUCAUUACUAAACAGAAGUAAAUUAUUUUACUGAUAAGGAUUUGCAGGUGAACCAAAGCCUUACCUGUGUUUUUGUCAUUGGUGGUAUUUAUCUGAUGCUAAAAAUCAAAAUGCUAUAAUGUUUCAGAAGCAUGUGCUCUUCCCAGGAAAACUGCAGCAGAAAACCAGAUUUUCAGUUUUUUGGCACCAGAUAAUUCACUCUUGUGAAAAAUGUAUCUGUUUCAAGCUUCAAAAGCUGUAUCGAUUGAUUCCUUGUGUUAUAACCUGCUGUUUCCACCUCUCUGCCUGUUCUUUUCUACCCUAUCCUUCUCCUAACCUAACCUCCUCCUCCACCUCCUCCUCUUCUUCCUCCUCCCGGCGGUACAGCAGUGAUUAAUGUGCCUGUGAAACGCUGAGCUCUUCAUCAGCAGGGAGACACGCCGGGCUAAUGGCUCAUCUGGAGAGAAACACUGAGAUGCUCAACAAGCUGUACACCUCCUGCAGCACCCCUGGGAUCCAGGGACCCUCCUCCUUUUGUGUGUGUUUGUGUGCGUGUGCAUGUGUAUGUGUGUACUUUUAGCAAGUUGAAGCAAAAAAAAAAAAAGUAAUCAGAAAAAUCAGAAUUGUUUUUUCACGGUUCCUUUUUGUGUUUUUAGGUAAAUCUCCUCUGUGGGGUAUUGACAUGCUGCCUUACACCACACUGAUGUACGGCAACGGACCAGGAUACAAAAUCAGAAAUGGGACACGCCCGGACCUCCGCAAUGUUAACACCAGUGAGUGUUUUCCUCAGGAGACCCCGCAGACUUGAGUUAGAUUAAGUAAACACUUCUUAAGCAGUCUGAGUUUAAUUUGAGCAAUUUGACAACAACAGCGUGUUUCUUUAAAAACAGGGCAGCUAUUUACAGCUUAUGUAGGAUGCAGUCAACAUUUCUGUAAAUCUAAAGUUUCAGUGAGAGACACAGCUGACAUGACUAACAGGCGGGUGCACUAUAGCUGUUGGUGAGGAAGCUGAGGGUCCACUCAUCAUGUCCAACAUGAAGACAGCAGCAGAAAGGCUAAAGCUCUGCCUCAUAAACAAAUUGUUGAUGAUGCCUUGACUACAUCCAAAUAUUAUACUAUCUAUGGUAACUAGUACCCAGUACCCCUGUCCUCUGUCUCGGCGUGUAGGCCAACUCCCUUCUUUUCUCUAUUGCUAUCAUUUCAGCACGAUCAACUGUUGCACAACAUAAAUCAGGUCCAACAUAUUCACAUAUUACACUCACAUUCAGUUGUCAUGGUUUCCUGCACACAAAUAGGACCAGGAAUUGGCAACAAAGGCAAGCGCAGACAUCUGCUGACUAGCAUUUAAGCAGAUUAUUGCAAGUAUGUAGUGUGCCAGAUGGUGUUGGCCAUUAUGGCGCAGCUACAGAAUAGACUGUGUGCAGAAGUAUAAAGUGGCUCGUUAGCUGCUUGUUAUCUGAUACUGGUUGUGAUAGUUAAAAAAAAAAAAAACUGUAAUAUCCUCUCCCUUUUUUUUCCCAGAAACUAAAGACUACGUCCAGGUGUCUGCUGCCCCCACAGAGUCGACCACCCACAGCGGAGAAGAUGUAGCCGUGCUCGCCCGUGGACCAAUGGCUCACCUCUUCCAGGGUGUCAAUGAGCAGAACUACAUCGCCCAUGCCAUGGGCUACGCCGCAUGUGUUGGCGCCGACCUGAGGCACUGCCAGACUCAACCCACCCACGACCCAGACAGGAACAGAGCUGGGGCGGCGGCACAUGUCUCUGUUGCUUUGCUCUUUAGCUUGUUGUUAACUCUUACCCUGCUGAUGUAGGACCCCUCCUCAUCAUUGAACACUAUUGAUCUCACUGCAAAUGCGAAUCAAGGAGGUCAGGGGUCAGGGUCACGGAGGACAGACUGUUCCUAUAGCCUCAUGACCCAGAGCUACACCUGACCGCCCUCACAGAGCGACUUGCUUAGAUGGUAGGAUUAAAUUAUUGGGAGUCACAAGGUUUAACAGUUUUAUCUUCAAUCUGGCUCAAGCUGUGUGAUGAGAGAGGACCACUCACUCAGGCAAAGAGCUUGAUGGAUGUAGAUUUAUACUGACUUUACUGUAGUGAUACCUGAUUCCUUAAAUUAUACCAAUACAGCCUUAGUUAGAGAAUGGAU